GCAAGAUACCCUAAAAUGUGCCCACGCCAAGAACCCUAAAAUUUCUCAUGGCGCUGGCUGCGCGUAGGGCUUUGCGAUCGCUGGCGGAAUCGGGCGCUCUCUUCUGCCAGCGUCUCUGCGGCGUGAAGACGGCGGCAUCGCCCAGCGGCGGCACGGCAGCAGCGGGAGGAUCGGGGUCGGCGCCGCCGCGCAAGACCGGAAUCGCGCACUCGCGAUUCACGCACGGCAAUGUGUUUGUCACGAUCACGGAUUUCGAGGGCAACGCGAGGGCGCAGGCGUCGGCGGGGAUGUGUGGAUUCAAGGGUUCGCAUCGCGACUCCAAGUUUGCGGCGAAUGCGGUGGCGGAGCAGGCGGCGCGAGGGGCCGCGCAGCUGGGGAUGAAAGCGGUGGAGGUGAGGCUCAAAGGAGGAUUUGGGGUGGGCAAGAGGAAGUACUUGCUGCGAGGAUUCAAGCAGGGCGGGCUCACAGUGCUCAAGAUCAGGGACGUGACCGCCAUUCCUUUCAAUGGAUGCCGCCCUCCAAAGAAGCGCAGAGUCUAGAAUUCCAUUCUUUGUUGGGCGAUCGUUCAUGGUUCUGGAAAUGGCCUUGCGAGAUCGUUCGCAAGUCCCGGCUGGUAUGUGUCCCCUCGAUCAUUGUGGAAGGAAAAAGGUAGUCGAUCUUGUGAUAUCGC